CCGGAUCCCCCUUCGAAGUGAAUUAUAUUGCAGCGAAUCACACACACUCUGAACAACGCCCACCAUGCAGGUAGAGAUUCUAUUCCCAAUUUCCUUGAAACGCUCUUUCCCUCUUUCCGUUCACUCGCUCCGUUAUGAAGUUCAGGCUGCGAUUCAAUUUUGCCAGUGAUAGGUUUAACAUCAAUUCCCAGCUUGAGCAUCUCCAAGCCAAAUAUGUUGGAACUGGCCAUGCCGAUUUGAACAGAUUUGAGUGGGCAGUGAACAUUCAACGAGAUAGCUAUGCAUCAUAUAUUGGACACUACCCUUUACUGGGAUUCUUUGCUAUUGCUGAAAAUGAAUCUAUUGGAAGAGAACGCUACAGCUUUAUGCAGAAAAUGCUCCUGCCUUGUGGUUUGCCUCCCGAAAGAGAAGAAGAUUAAGGAUUACAUCUGGAUUACAAAUGGAUCACACAACACUGUUAAUAUAGCCUCCGACAGUUUGUUGUACCGUGUUAUCUUAUCAAGGAAACAGAUGGUUGUGUGACCUUGAUUAGCUUGUGGAUGCUGAAGCUUUAGUUGUUAUGGAUCUUGGAAAUUAUGUCUAGUUUAUUCUGAAAUCUUAAUGUUGCCGUGUUUCCUAUAUGAUGGCCCUUUAAAUUGAAUCAAAUUUGUGUUUGCAUCCUAGAAAAUGUGAGUAUUCUUGAACUCGUACUAGGGAACACUCUUUCCAAGGCUCAAGAACUGGCUAACAUGAUCAUGUUUAAUUGUUCGUCAAUAUCUGGUUUAAUAAUUUUGAUAAUUUGUGGCAGCUUUUAGCAACUA